UGCGGCAACAGGCAAAUCGAGGAGAAAGCAGUGACAAACGUCGCCAGCGGAUACAUUACGGCCUCAAAAGUCCUCGGAUAUUGACAAUAUUCGGCAUACUUUUGUAUAUAUAGAUGUUGUGUAACGUUUCGCUUUUUUGAUGAAAUCGUGUUCAACGUUUUACAAGAGUGAACCUCCGCUUUAAUGCAGUGGGAUGGCCACAGUGCCGCCUGGGCCUGGUAACGCACUGCCUUCAUCCCCGGCUGAAAUUUCUCCUUUCCCCGGGGCAGGGAGCGCGGAGCCGGCGGUGGAAGACGGGGAGCCCAUCCGGCACGGGGAGGACUGCAUUCCAGCCGGGUCUGUGAAAAAGUCACAGCCGAUGAACGAGGUCAAAGGGUCGGUCAAGAAGAAACGGAAAAACAUGCUAGCUCAAGCUAGCCCAGCGGCGCUGCACCUGAAAAUGCAAGCCCGAGAGCAGCAGCAGCAGCUGAACGGCUUAGCCAGCCCUUCAGAAGACCCCGACAGCCACCAGCAGGAAGGAAGCCGGCCUGACAAUCUCAGAUCGCCCGUGGACAACUGUGACAGCGGCAGCGAGGGCACUGCGGCCGCUAGGAACAGCACCGAGCAUUGCCAACACGAAGGCCCCUUUGCCAAAAACGGCAGCCACUCUCCUCUCCUGAACAACAGCAGCUUGAACGGCAUGCCGGGUUUAACGAGGACUGACGCGGCUCGCGAGGGGGAGGAACUGUUCGACCACACGCAGCCCCCGAGACCGCCGAGCGACGAGCCGCCGGACGGUGACAGCGGGCCCGACGGAGAGGCGAGUCCCGCCGAACCGCAGCCGCCGGCCGCGGAGCUGGMCCGGCUCGACCUGAGCUGCUCCCCCGGCCGGGCUGAAGGAGACAGCCACGGCAUCCGCUACGUCCGCUACGAGUCCGAGCUGCAGAUGCCCUGGAUCAUGAGAUUAAUCACCAAGGACUUGUCUGAGCCUUAUUCAAUUUACACGUACAGGUACUUCAUCCACAACUGGCCGCAGCUUUGCUUCCUGGCCAUGGUGGAGCAGGAGUGUGUUGGAGCCAUCGUAUGCAAGCUAGACAUGCAUAAGAAGAUGUUCCGUCGCGGCUACAUCGCCAUGCUGGCUGUUGACUCCAAACACAGAAGGAAAAGCAUUGGUACUAAUCUGGUGAAAAAGGCCAUCUAUGCCAUGGUGGAGGGGGACUGUGACGAGGUUGUCCUGGAGACUGAGAUCACCAACAAAUCGGCCCUGAAGCUGUACGAGAACUUGGGUUUUGUCAGAGACAAGCGGCUGUUCAGAUACUACCUGAACGGAGUGGACGCGCUGCGACUCAAACUGUGGCUCCGCUAGAGAGAGAGGCAGACGCAGGAGGGACUGGGGGCAGGGGAGGCAGGACUGCAGGUGCUGUUCACCUCUAACACUAUGAGCUCAACAGCUACGGUCAUUUCGCUCCUAAACACACACACACACACACACACACACACACUUUCAUUCAAAC